CAAGGCCGUACGCAACGCUAUUUAGUUCUAGGGCAAAAGGCUAAUUUGAGGUUUGCGAAGUUGCCGGCCGAACAACACGCCGGCUUCAGUACUAUACGGCCGCAUAUUGAAACUAUAUCAUCGAACAUAGCCGGAGAAGAAAGUCGGAAUUGGCAGUGGCCCCCAUCUCGAGUGCUACACGAGAACAAAACUUGACACGACCGACACCCUCGCACACUGAUUAUCAAGAUGUCUACCGGACAGGUUGUCCUUGUUACCGGCGGCAGCGGCUUUAUUGGAUCACACUGCAUACUACAACUACUGGAGAAAGGCUACCGUGUCCGCACCACCGUCCGGAAACUAUCUCGCGCCGAUGAGGUCCGUCAAAUGCUCAUCAGCGGCGGCGCGAGCGAAGCCCAGGCGAAGGACGUGGAGUUCUUUGCUGCCGAUCUGAUGAAGGACGAGGGCUGGACGACAGCCUGCAAAGGGUGCACUUAUGUGUUGCACGUGGCGAGCCCCUUCCCGUUGGCGGCCCCUAAGGACGAGAACGAACUUAUCGUACCAGCCAGAGAAGGGACAUUAAGGGCGCUGAAGGCAGCCAAAGAUGCUGGAAGUGUUAAGCGUGUGGUCGUGACGAGUUCAGUCGCCGCUGUUGCAUAUGGGCACAAGCAGAGCGAUCGGGAAUUCACCGAAGCAGACUGGAGUAUUCUUGACGAUCCGUCUACGCCGAUCCCGGCGUAUCAGAAGAGCAAGACUAUCGCCGAGCGCGCAGCUUGGGAUUGGAUUGCGAAAGAAGGUGGCGACAUGGAGCUUGCUGUCAUCAACCCGGUCGGCGUCUUCGGUCCUCUCCUGGGCAAAGACUACGCCUCGAGCAUCGAACUCAUUGUACGACUCAUGAAUGGUGCUUUACCUGGUUGCCCACGCCUGUCCUUCGGCGUCGUUGAUGUUCGAGACGUCGCUGAUCUCCACAUCCGCGCCAUGACCGAUCCGAAAGCUGCAGGUCAGCGUUAUAUUGCGGCUGCUGACGGUCCUCCAAUGUUCAUUCGAGACAUGGCCGUUGUCCUUAAAGAGAAACUAGGCCCCAAAGCUAACAAAGUGCCCACUCGCGAGCUCCCGGAUUUCUUGGUUCGACUCGCUGCUUGGUUCGAUGGCAGCCUAGUGCUGCUCGUACCAGAGUUGGGCAAAGUCAAGCCAACGUCGUGUCAGAAAGCUAUGCGUGAGCUGGGCUGGCAGCCACGAAGCACGACUGAAGCGGUCAUUUCUUCCGCGGAGAGCUGCGAGAAGCUUGGGCUGCUGAAGUAGGGGGCUUUAAUGAUUUGACUACCUUCCAUUUCUGAGCAGCGAUUAGCGUAUGUAGUAUGGUAUGAGCGUAGCGCAAGCUUUUAGACUUUACAAUUAGCGGACUUCUGGGCAGAAUCACAGAGUACACGAGGAGCGCAGCUUGAGCCCACCCAUAAACCUAAUACCACGGCC